AUGGAGAGGAAGCAAAGCGAAAGGUUCACUCGAGACGAAUUGAUACACUGGAGACCAGACUGGAAUUCUUCCGCCCAAGCGGAAUACUACAAAGAGACAAAAGAUUCUUACGAAUGUCUGAAGAUGACAGAGCCGUAUCUCGAUGCUCUUGCUCAUAAGCAUCCUUCACUCAAAAUUCUCGAGAUUGGCGCGGGAACGGGAAGCUCGACAGUGUCUGUUCUAGAAACAUUGUUGCAGGAUGGCGAGCACGAGACCGGUCGGCCUAAGUACAAGACGUACACCUUCACUGACGUCUCCACCGGAUUCCUUUGA